AUGGCGACCAUGUUCAGUCCGGCGCUGCACAGGCAGAGACAUCAAUUUGUUAUCGAUUUUGUCAACCUGAACAAACCCAAAAAGGUGUUGGACCUGGGCUGCAGUGAGUGCAGACUCCUCAAGACGCUCAAGUUUCACCGUGACAUUGAACUGCUGGCUGGUUUGGACAUCAACGGUGCCAAAGUCAAAAAACAUAUGCAUAAAUUGGCUCCUGUAUCAACUGACUACCUGCAGCCCAGCUAUGAUCAGCUACGCAUCGAACUGUACCAGGGUUCGGUCACACAGAAAGACUCCCGCCUUAGGGGAUUUGAUCUGGUGACCAGUAUAGAGCUCAUAGAGCACCUCUCUCUUGCUGAUGUGGAGCUCUUCUCUGCGGUGGUGUUUGGUUACAUGACGCCAGUGGCAGUUAUUGUCAGCACCCCAAACUCUGAGUUCAACCUCCUGCUUCCUGGAGUGAGUGGUUUCAGGCACAUCGACCACAAGUUUGAAUGGACCCGAGCAGAGUUCAGAUCCUGGGCUCUGAAGGUGUGUUUGGACUACGGUUAUGAGGUGGAGUUCACUGGUGUUGGACAAGCACCGCAGGAACAGCAGGACAGUGUUGGCUUCUGCUCACAGAUUGGUGUGUUUCAACGGCUUGGAGGAAGAAAUGGAUCCAACGCGUUACUUGACGAUGAGGCAGAGGACGUGUUUUCAUACACACUCCUGUACAGCGUAAACUACCCCAGCCUGCGUGACAACAACAUGUUGCGCAAGGUCCUGGUGAGCGAAGUGCUGGGCUCUGCAGCAAAUCUUAUGAGUAGAUGGUUGGAGGAGAAGACGACUGGAAACGGGGAUGGUGCUGUUCCACUGUGCCAGACUGAGGGUGGAGGGGAGGAAUUCCUCUCAGAGCUGUGCAUGGAGAUGGAAGAACAACAGACAGUAUUUUCCCUUGUCUGUACUAGGAGGUAUGUCUCUGUACCUCUGGCUGUGCUGUGGUCCUGCUGUCCCAAAGUCAGCGAGCUGAGUGGAAGUGUCGGUAAUCUCAGACAUCUGCUGAUGGGAAAUCCUGACAUUAAACUGAACCAGGACAGCUCUGCCGUGCUUAUAACUCACCAGGAACAAGACCAGGAAGAGGAAGGUGUUGACAGUGAUGUGGAGGAAAGCGGGUAUGCAGAGGCCAGCCACUACUCCCAUAAUGCUGAGCAAGAGGAAGAGUGGGAGGCAAAUGUUUGAUCUGAAGGAUGCAGCUUUGUUGUCACUAAAAGCAGGUGACUUGUUUAAAUCUAUCAAAUAAAGGUCACGAGUUGUACCAACAGAUCCCAGUUUGAUUGAAACCGUUUUGUCUGAGGGCUGGUCAAAGACUAAAAUAUCCACUGGCCACCAGAAUAUAAGUGUAUUGACAAAGAGCGACUUUGAUAUUCUACAUGUAAAUAGUACAAUAAAACUGUA